CACACACACACACACUGAGUGAAGAAGUAGAGAUGAAGCUGCUGCUGAUUCUGCUCUCGCUGUCUGAUGUUCUCACUCAGGACAGUAACUGGGGAGUGAAAUAUACUGAUAAUCAGAUCUGUGCUGUGAGAGGAUUCAGUGUCUCCAUUCCCUGUAGUUAUUAUUAUCCAACAUCAAAACCCAACAUUCAAGUGAAACAAAUGCUUUGGUGCUCAAUGAACUCAAACAAAGAUCACUGUCAUGAUCCUCCAUUUGUUUAUAACAGUUCAUCAAACACCAAAUCAGACUUUGAGUUCACUGGAGACGACAAAUCAGACUGUACUUUAUUAAUCCACAAUGUACAGUUCAGUUAUUCUGGAGUCUAUAAAUUCAGAUUUAUAACUGAUGUGGUUAAAGGCAUGUACACAGGAGACCCUGGAGUUACUCUACAAGUUACAGACUCAGUGGAAACGGAACCUUCAAAUCUGAUGAAUGACGUGAACAGCACACAAAGUUCCUCAACGGUUGUGUCGUCUAAAACCGUACCUGUAUCAGGGCCCAAAAAUCCUGUGUGGUCGAUCUGGAUGAUAGUUUAUGUGAUUGCUGGAGUGAGUCUCAGUCCCAGUCAUUUUAGCCGUGAUUUACAACAGGAGGAGGAUCCAGCAGGAGCAGGAUGUUUCUGAUCUCCACGCUAACGUCCAGCAAAAGGAGGAUGAUUCUGGUCUUAUUGCUAAUGUCCAGCAAAAGGAGGAUGAUUCUGGUCUUCAUGCUAACGUCCAGCAAAAGGAGGAUGAUUCUGAUAUCUACACUAAUGUCCAGCGGAAGGAGGACGAUUCUGAUAUUUAUGCUAACGUUCAGCAGAAGGAGGACGAUUCUGAUAUCUAUUCUAACGUCCAGCAGAAGGAGGACGAUUCUCAUAUCUAUUCUAACGUCCAGCAGAAGGAGGACGAUUCUGAUAUCUAUUCUAACGUCCAGCAGAUGGAGGACGAUUCUGAUAUCUAUGCUAACGUUCAGCAAAAGUAUGAUUCUAAUUUCUAUGCUAACGUUUAGCUUAGCUCUUCAUUUUGUGAGUUUUCUCUGAGAUCUGAAUUAUGUUACACAGUAAAUACACUUCCUGUGUGCUGCUUUUGAGCUUUAUUUCAUGAUUAGACAACUUGUUUAUUCAUUACUUUUAUUGUAAUUUUACCGAUAGAGCAUUUAUUUAAAGUAAUUUAGAAACAGUUCUAAAUUUCUGUAACUUUCUGUAAAUUUCUGUAAAUUCUGUCCAGAAUUUACACCUGUUUAUGAUCUGCAACUGUUUAUCAUUUGAUGAGGUCCUGAUUUACUUUUUCAUCUAAAUUAGAGUAAAGGUCUAUGAAGGUCUUUUAUCUUUAAGGCUCAGACUCACAAAAUGUAAACUGUAGCCUGUACACAGGUUCAGUUUUCCUCCACUGGAUGGUGAUAUUAUUCUUUGCAGCAAACCUAUUUACCAGCCUCUGAGGACAUGAAGAUACACUCAAUUUGUAUAUAUAUUCUUUUCUGAGUGAUCAAGCCUGAGGCCUUCAGGAUCCAGUGUAAUGACAAAAUUCACAUUAAAAAAACACAGCAAUCAAAUACAAUACCAAAUAGCUUUUAUUUAGGAGUGACCUACAGCAGAUCAGAGUGAAUAAAGUUUAAAGAUCUUGCUCAAGAAUCAAGUUUUAAUGAGUGUAUUAAUUCUGAACAAAAACACACACGUAAGGAUCCUCUGUCUAAAUCACACAGAUGUGUUUUCACAGUGUACGUAUACUUGUUUCACCAAAAGUUGCUUCUUACACAUAUUACAUAUUUCACACUGAACAACUGCUUUGCCUUUUUUUAUACAGUAAGUGUUUUGUAAAAGCGCAUGUUCUCAUGUGUUUGAGCAUUAGGUCAUAUGACUAUAACUAAUACAGUAUUGGCUGUAGAUGUGCUAGUAGUAACUCACUAACUGUUUUCUCAGGAGGUGGCAAAAAGAUCAAACUCUCCCUGGAUUUUAUACUGAAGAUCAAAUAUGUGGAAAUACAAUAUAAUUAGAUCACUGUUUAUUCAGAACUCAAAUUCUCAGCAGACAGCCUUCAAAUAUGGGCACCGCAGACGCCACACACACACACACACACACACACACACACACACACACACACACACAAACACAUACACACACUGUAUCCUUUGAACCUGUUAUUUCCCUGUAUUAAUGUGUUCACUAUUUAGAUUCUGCCCGCCAAUUUUAUAUCUUUCCUUUAAGACAUCAUUAAAAACCAUGCAUUUAGCAUUUA